UCCUAAAAGGUAAACAUGGAGACUCCAACGGAGGUCGAAGGAUGCCGCAAGCGCCAAAAUGAAAUUAUCCAACCAUUACUUACCGAUCUGUACCAGCUUACCAUGGCUUACGCGUACUGGAAAUCGGGGAAAGUCGACGACACUGCCGUUUUCGAUUUAUUUUUCAGAAAAAACCCGUUUUCCGGGGAGUUCACUAUAUUUGCUGGUCUUGAAGAAUGCAUCAAAUUUUUGUACAAUUUUCGCUACAGUGACAGCGACAUAGUCUAUCUAAAGCAGAUCCUGCCUCCCUAUGUUGAGGAAGAGUUCUUUCAAUACCUCAGGAACCUCACAGUUGAAGAUGUGACUCUCUUUGCCAUUCCUGAAGGUUCAGUUGUAUUCCCCAGGGUUCCCUUGUUACGGGUGGAAGGUCCACUUAUUGUGGUCCAACUAUUAGAAACAACAUUCUUGAACUUAAUUAAUUAUUCAAGUUUGAUUGCCACCAAUGCUGCAAGAUUUCGGAUGGCAGCAGGCAAAAGGAUUAAAUUGCUUGAAUUUGGUUUACGAAGAGCCCAAGGCCCUGAUGGAGGGCUCUCUGCAUCCAAAUAUGCUUAUUUAGGUGGUUUUGAUGGUACCAGCAAUGUGUUAGCUGGUAAACUUUUCCACAUACCAGUUAAAGGGACACAUGCUCAUGCAUACAUUAGUUCAUUUUCCACUCUUGCUGAUUUGAAAACUCGCGAUUUGGCUGUGUACGAUGAGAAUGGCUCAGACUUGAUAGAAAGCCGUGACUUUGUGGAAACGUGUAUAAAGAGAAGAGACCAAUUGGCUACUUUGCUCGGCAUUCUAUUGCAGGAAGCCAACGAUGGAGAGCUUGCAGCUUUCAUUUCCUACGCAAUGGCGUUUCCCGAUGGUUUCACCGCCCUUGUCGACACAUAUGAAGUUCUAAGUUGGAGCGGAGAAACCCCUAGUCAGCGCUAUAUAUCGGAGCCACGUCUCCAUUACAGAAGUGGACUACUGAACUUUUGUGCUGUCGCCGUGGCGCUGAGUGAUUUUGGCUACAGACCCAUCGGAAUCCGCCUAGAUUCAGGCGAUUUGGCCUAUCUUUCGAACAGGGCUCGAGACGCUUUCCGGAAAAUCGCUGAGGAACUGACUAUUCCUUGGUUCGCGCAGCUAUCUAUCGUAGCUAGUAACGAUAUAAACGAAGAAACGAUCCUAAGUUUAAAUGAUCAGCAUCAUCAAAUUGAUUGUUUUGGCAUUGGAACUCAUCUGGUGACUUGUCAAAAACAACCUGCUCUGGGAUGUGUGUACAAGCUUGUUGAAAUCAAUAAACAACCCAAAAUAAAAUUGUCUGAGGACUUGGAGAAAGUGACCAUUCCAGGUCGAAAAGACAUUUAUCGAUUAUACGGAUCAGACGGUCACGCUUUGAUAGAUCUAAUGCAAAAACAUGGUGAACCUCCACCACUAGCCGGAAAUCGAGUGCUAUGCCGUCAUCCGUUUCUAGAAUCGAAGAGAGCCUACGUCAAUCCGGCUCGAGUGGAGCCACUUCUGCACAUAUACUGGCAGAAUGGUCGAUGUUGUCAACCGCUGCCAUCAAUGGAGCAACUGAGGCAUCGUGUUCAACACCAACUAGGAACAAUAAGACAAGAUCACAAAAGAAAUUUGAAUCCCACCCCAUACAAAGUGAGCGUAUCCGAUUCACUGUACUCUUACCUUCACAAACUGUGGCUACAAAACGCUCCAAUCGGAGAGCUCUCCUGAAAUGAAUCCUUCUCUGAAUUUCAAAACAGUAAAAGAAAAGUAUUCGUUGUUAGCUAAGUAAUUACAGAACGAAUUAACUGUUUUCUCUAGCGCGCCAAAUGCGCAUCUCCGUUUUUCUUUCUAGUCUUGUAGGGGUUUCAUAUUUGAGGGGUUUAUCGUAUAUCUUUGCCGAAAGAUCACAACCUGCACAGCGCCUGCCAUUUUUUUUCGUGGCAGUACAUAAUACUUCCAUUUUUUGGUGUGAGAAUCUGCUGGUAGUCUGGGACUGAAGCAAAUGCCAGUCUGCCUCGAAUCAAAGGAGGCCACUGUUCAACAAUUUACGGAUCUAUUUGUUGUUUUACUUUAAUACAGUUAUUUGUUCGAUUUCAUAGUGUUUGUCUUACGCCAUUAAAAUCUAGCUAUAGAAAUGCAUGUUGCUCCCAGACAAAAGUCCCACUGUCGCCGGUCUCUUUCCGCCCGUACGAUGGAUAUCCGGCCGUUGAUGUGUACCAUUUCCCUCGUCAAUCUGAAGACCUUGUCUACGUUGAGUAAAAUAAAUUGCACACAAGCUAAAAAUAC